AUGGUAUAUCAAUAUACAAUUAAAGGACCAACAGGUAUCAAAUCGGUCCAAAUUACAGGAACAUUUGACAAUUGGUCUAAAUCAUUACCAGAAAUAACAAAAGAACCAUUUGAACAAACUAUAACAUUAGAUACUAAAGAAGAUUUAAUUUUUAAAUUUAUAAUUGAUGGUACUUGGAAAACUUUAGAUUUAUAUGAAACUACAACUGAUCAUGAAGGUAAUGUAAAUAAUGUCAUAAAAGCUGAAGAUUUAAUUUUGGUUGAAGAACCAAUUAAUGGUGAUGAUGAAUUUGUUGAUAAUCAAACUUUUACAACUACCGAUAAUGAAGAUGUUUUAUCUGCUCCAGUUGUUAUAAAUGAUGAUGAAGUAAUAAGCAGCUCAAAAGAUGAUGGUAAAAAGCAACAACAGAAAACAACCCCAACAACUUCUUCUACAAAAGAAAAUGCUAAUAACACUUCUGCCGUUUCAUCAUUUGCUGCUGUAUCUUCACCACCUUCUUCUUCCGAUUAUGAACAUAUUGAUUCAAAAAUUAGUAACGAUACAACAACAAAUAAGAUUGAUUCAAAACCCAAAGAUACAAACGAUGACCCAAUUGUAAAAGAUACCACUUCAAACAAUGAGCCAAAAGCUGGACCAAAACCCGAUAAACCUACAUUACAAGCUCAAGCUUCUGAUUCUACUUUAGGCAUCAACAACAAUACUCCUGGAGGUUCUCAAGCUCAAACUAGUUCAUCAUCUACAACUACUAUUAAAUCAGGUAAGAAUUCACAACAAACCCACAAAAUCCCUGGAUCUUUCGAUCAAUCAAAAACUACAAAAGAGAGACCAGGUAAUGAAAGGUCAGACAGUGGUUUAAUUUCAAAAUUAAAGAAAUUAUUUAAAUAA